AAGCGGCGGAGCGCGCCGGCGUUUAAACCGCGCGGUGCCGCGCGGCCGCUCUGGCACUGGGACCGGCACCGCCCCCCCGGGACCCCCGGCAUCUCCCCGGGACCCACUUUGAGCCACCCCACUCUCUCCACACACCCUCUCCGAACCCUUCCCGACGCCCCGUCCCGGUGCCCCGCCCCUUCCCCCCCCUCUUCGCGCCAUGCCCAUCCGUGCCCACUGCACCAUCUGCUCCGACUUCUUCGACAACGAACGGGACGUGGCGGCCGUGCCGUGCGGGCACACCUUCCACCAUGCCUGCCUCAUCCAGUGGUUUGACACUGCACCGAGCCGGACGUGCCCGCAGUGCAGGAUCCAGGUCAGCAAAAGACACAUCAUCAGUAAGCUGUUUUUUGAUGUUGCCCUGGAGGAGCAGGCAGCACCGGAUGCAGAGACCUUGCAGAAUGAACUGGACAAGGUGAAGGCUCAGCUCUCCAUGAAAGAGAAAGAAAAGCGAGAAUGCCAGGCUGUUGUGGAUGGGCUGAGGGACACUCUGGAUGUGCGCAAUACCACGAUAGAGUCGCUCCAGAAGGUGCUGGGAGAGACAGAGAUGCUGUGCUCCUCUCUCAAGAAGCAGAUGAAAUUCCUAGAGCAGCAGCAGGAGGAUAGCAGAAGUUCAAAGGAGGAGGCCCGCCGCCUGCGGAACAAGCUGAGAAGCAUGGAGCGGAUUGAGCUUUUGCUUCAGAGCCAGCGCCCCGAAGUGGAGGAGAUGAUCAGAGAGAUGGGAGUUGGACAGGCAGCGGUUGAACAGCUUGCAAUCUAUUGUGUCUCACUGAAGAAGGAAUAUGAGAACUUGAAGGAGGCUCGGAAGGUCUCUGUUGAGAUGGCAGAGAAGCUGAAGAAGGAGCUGUUCUCUGUCAAUAACAAGCUGCAGAAAACAACUUCAGACUUGGAAAAGACACAGGAGGAGUUAAAAAGCACCCAGAAGGAUCUGAAGAAUGCAGACAAGGAGAUCUUGAGUUUGAAGAAGAAGAUAGACAUCCUGCAGGAUACUCUGAAGGUCCCAUCUGUAACCAGAGAGACACUCAGUCGGCUAGUCUUUGAAAGCCCCACUCCCGUGGAACUGCGGCACCCGAAGCUGCACCGCCCGGCCCACAGCGAUGAGAUCAACCUAGAUGCCACUUUUGAUGUGGACACCCCUGAGCAUCAGCCCUGCACAUCCCCCUUCAGCCCUGCAAAAAGGCAGAAGCUGGAUAAAAGGCCGCCUCCCGUGGUAAACCUGGCAAAGAAAGUUCUGAAGGAAACAGUGGAGAACUGGGCAGAUGAUGUGGAGGAUGAUGUUCUUAAAGGACUCUUGCCAGCAUUCAUCAGAAACUCUGUUCUCUCCAAGAAGGCAUCUAUGGGCAGCCUGCUGGGUCCCCACAAGAACAUGGGUACUGUGAGGACUGGGUAUGAUGGCAUGGGAGGCAGAACGAAGUUCAUACAGCCUACGAACCUGGCAGAAAUCCGACCAUUAGCAGUGAAGAGCAGGAAGAAGGUGUCCAGGCCAGCAUCUGCAUCUCUUUCCACAUCUUCCUCCAGCAGCAGUCAGGCCAGACUGGACAGUUUCCUGCAGUGAGAGCCCCUCGCUUUCUGGGAGAGGCUGGGAAGGGGCUGCAGGGAGAGCACACUCACCCAGAGCCUGGCACAAAGCAAUGUGCAGCCACCACUGUGCGGGGGUGCUGUUUGCAAAGCACUGAUGUGCCUUGUGGGUGAGACAAGGUGCCCUCUACAGAAUCCUGGACUUGCAGCAAGCCAACAGGAGACCAAGCCUCUGGAUAAUGCUUGGACUGAGUUACCCACCUCAUUUUACCACUCCUUCCUUCUUUUUUCAUGUAGAAGCAGCAGGGUUUUUUUGUCUUCUGGCCUGCUCAGAGCUCUGCAGUUGCUGCUGCUUUGGGCUCUCAAACACCAGACCCCAGGUGGAACUGCAUUUCUUGGAUGCAGCCACAAGCUAGAGGUGUGGGAAGGGUAUCUGGGAUGGGAGUUUGGGGAGGAGCAGGGAGAAGGGACCUGGACCAACUCCAUACCUGAUGUAAAUAGUUCGAGUAAAGUUUCCUGGAGGAAGAAGUGUGCAGAGCAGGCUGUGCUGCUGUGGAAUGUCUGUAUAUUCAUCAUCAAAUUAAACACCUUCCCUUGACCACAGGCCUGUGUGGGCUGGGGAGACCCACAUGUGGGCCUGGGGGUUGUGCUGCCCUGCCCUGGUUUGGGCCGUGAAGUCCACUGAGUUCUUGCAGGCUUGGCACUGAAAGUGCUGACUGGGGAGAAGGGUGUUGAGGUGAUACCCUGCCCUGCUUAGAAGCAGAGAUAGGUGGGCUGGUGUGACUUGGCACAUGUUUAUGUGAAGCUUGUUUAGGAAUUUCUAUAUUUUAAUAAGAUUACAGAGUAUUUUUGUUAUUUUGUAACUGUUCUGCCUAGCAAUUUGAGGGUUUGGAAUGGCCUGAAGAAGUGCUGAAGAAUGGCUCCCUUCAGGGGAGGGGGGGAGACUGCUGGGGCUGAACCUGUCUGGGCUUCUUCAGCUUGGAGACAUGGAACAGGAGAUCCCCUCCUGCCCCCCGAAGCAGGGCUGUUUGAGCUGCAAGGAACAGACAUGGUGAGGCACCUAAUACAGCACUCUUGUACAAAUCUAAUGUUUCCCAUUUCCAGCUGCUUCAGGCUGGAAGUCUUAGUACCUGGACUGGCUAAAAAAUGUGUUUUUAGGGAAUAAAAUAUACUGCUGUGCAC